AUCAAAAAGGAAAAGCUUUUCCCCCAUACCCGAGGGGCUAUGACUACCCUUACCAUGUUUAGUCCCGCCCACGCUAAGCAUUUGCAUGUAAAAAGACAAAAGUCACGGAAAACUUAUUUAUGUCAAAAUAACAAUAUCACUUCAUCAGGCAGCGUUUACAUUCAAGGAUGCGUUUAGUGGGAUACACAGUGCUUUGGAUAUGGCUGCUUUUCAAGAAAAUGGGCAUUUUUCUAACCUUGCUGGAGGGGCUGCAGAGUUGAACAAGUUGGGAGAAAUUUUCUGGCCAAAGUUUGAGCCCUUUCUGCGUGCAUGGAUGGAGGUUGAGCGGAAUCGAGGUGGAAAACAUGCUGAAAGGUCAGAAUGCAACUGGGCACUUUUUCUUGCUUGGGAUAGUCGUUAGCUAAUUCAAUUGUUGUCGUGUAAAGUUUCACCUCUUGUCAUAAGUUCUCAGAAGUACCGCCAGCCACUUAAACUUAAUGGAGUUGUGGUAGCCUAAUUUUCGGUGGGCAAGCGACCACGGAAGAAAGACUGGCGUCAACAUUAUCAAUGACACAGAAGUAAGAGAGAAAGACAAGAUAUCUGCACAAUGGCAGAAAAACAGACUCAGAGGAAUGUAUACCGGAGCGUUUCCUUCAAAAAGCUGGAAAGCUGGGGCGCAAAUAAAUUUCGAUCUGGAACCGGAGAUCAACACCACAUAUCAAAAGAUUUAGAGAGCGGUGCCCUUCCCCCUUCAACUCGGGAGACAGCAGCCGAAAAAGCGCAGCCUUCGGCUACGCGUAGUGUUACUGUGUCAAGAAAAGUUUCCAAAAUCUCAGCAGCCAGCCUCUCGACCGCAGAGUUAAAGAAAGGCACUCCUCAUUCGAUUUCACCAUCCGUUCGCCAGCUCUCAGAGAAGUUCAGCGCGAAAACAGAGCUGACGCACGGCUCUGCUUUUGUGAGCGCUGGGACUGUGAGAAGUACAACUUUGCCAAGGACUAAAUGCAAGGAAGAUGAGUCCCCUCAGAAUUUUUUAUUGGAAGAAAGAGCGUUUUUACCAACACCUAACAAGGAUUUAGAACUGCAUUUGUCUGAGAAAUCAUAUGAAGAAAAGUAUUCAACGCAAGAAUCAGUCUCCGGAUCGGAUUCUGACAGAAGUCAGAAACUGUUAAAACGGAAAUCUGUGGAUGGCUCCAGCGCAGGUAAGAGAGAUUAUUCUCAAAUCGCAAGUCACUCUGACAGUAUUAAUCCUAAAAACAUAAAUGCAGAGGACGAUGUUUUUAUCACCGGGGCUCCAGCUUGUAAGUCUUAUAGAGGCUUUGUCUCGGCCCACGGAGACUCCAUACACGUUGAUUCAUCAAACUGGCCAAGUGUCACGAAAAUUAGAGAACUAUUUGGUGAUAGAAAGCACCACAGGUCGACUUCUGACGCAGACGACUUAAAAUUCGCAAGCCAACAGCACCAUUCCUCUAGCUCGAGAGAAACCAGCUAUCUUUCUGACCGCAGUGAUAGACACUCACCCUUGCAGCCAAGAGGAGCUUGGCAAGACACCAGCAGCUCUGACCAUGACAUUAGUGUGUCCUCCACAGAGCGAUACAGUGCUGGUCUGAGUCGAAAAACGGACAGAUAUAAAAUAGAGUCUGCCUCUGGCACUGCAACACAUCCAUAUGAGUCUGAGUUUACCAGUGGUCGCAGCUGUCUGAGAAGUGAAGAGUUACCUGACGUUUGCAAAGUACAGAGCCCCUGCAGAGGAGGUGAAAACUGGUCAGAGAAGUCAGACAGUGACCCCAGACCCUCUCCCCCAGCACCACCACCUCGCAGUAGCACUGUGGCUCGCCCUCUGAGGGCCCAACCCUUGGCCUGCGCUCGGCAGCAGCUGAAGGAGCAGAGACAGGGGGCAGAACAGCCACAGCCACCGGAUAGUUUACAUUCCUCACAUAGCUCCUUCAGACCACAGACAGCCCCCUCAGUGGCACCGUCCAGCGCACGGUGGAGACUCAGCUCUGGUGAGGAGGAGUACGACUCAGAGGGGCGCAGCAGCACUGGAGGAGGCAGGAACGCUCUUCCAUACGUGUGCAGCAGUGGAGGUAUCGGCACCUACUUCUCCCGCAGCAAGAAUGACUCCCGGGCCCGGGCCGGCAGAUCAUCUGGCAGCGAGGAAGACAGCCCAGCAGCACUAGCCCACAGCCGCGACAACAUCCGGCGACGCUCUCUAAGGAAAAAGAAGAAAAGCAGCUGCAGUCGAGACAAUGGCGAAUCAGAUGACAGUGACGACCAGCCAAUGAUGAUGGAUCACUUGGAGCGCUAUCAGCAGUCAUUGGACCCCCAGCAAUCGAGCAGGAGGUUUGAGGGAUCAAGAACAAGGCCCUGUUUCACAGCAUGGGAGCGGGGUGCAGCCUCACCGGGCUCCACUGUCAGGCAAGAGGGCUUCAGGCGGUUCUACAAAGGAGCAGCGGAUGGAACUGCUUCACCAUCAGGAGCUCCUCCUGUCCCUGUGGUGUCACGGGUGUCAAAGGUCAAUAUUCCCUCUUUUCUCUCUAGCCCGUGUGGGUCAAGAAGCAGCAGCCGAUACUCUAGCACUGAGACUCUGAAGGAGGAAGAGCAGCCCCUCAGUGCCUCCUCCUCUGUGAUGAGUAAGACCUACCAUGGGAAUUUCACCAUGUACAGGUCACCCAGCUUUGGUCACUGUGACAAUUUUUCUCGCACCCCUGUUCGUGUCACGCCAAGAGUAGUUCCCAGUGUAAGCCCAGCAGAUGCAGAUACAGGCGCAGGAGCGUCCGACAACAGAGUGCUUCGGCGCCCUCUUAGCAGUGAGAAGGACAGGAAUAGAAUGUCUAUGUCCAAUCCAGACAUUGCCUCUGAGACUAUGUCUCUGCUUAGUUAUCUGAAAAAGACAGACUUGUCAGGGCUGAAAGUGGGUAAGAGGAGUCGAGCUGGACCAGAGACAGGUGUAGAUGGAGCCACCUCUGGAUUUCAGCCUGUGACUGGUACCCCCCCUGUGUACAGGAUGGGUUCCAGAUUACAUGGAGCACACUCUGGAAGGCCAUCUUUAAAAGACCUCACAGCCACACUGAGGCGUGCCAAGUCUUUCACUUACUCUGAAAAGACACCAGGGCGGCACUACUCACCUAGUAGUCCUGGCUCAAGAAGUUCCUCUGAGCAGCGCCUGGACUGCGAGGGUGAUGGGGAAAGGAUUGUGGUGUCUGACAGGGAAGUGGAAAGUGAUGACUGUGGUACAGGAUAUAGAUAUGAAGAGCCUAUGCCCAGCACUCUCCAUGAUCGUUAUGUCCAAGAAGCUCGGCAAGUCAUACAGGACAUUUGUCAGAUGGGUGCUGGUGAAGAUGAUGAUAAUUUUGGAUUUGGAGGUGAUGAUUCCAAAAACAAGGGAAAAGGUGAUAUUGAGAGUGAAAUUAGAAAAGCGGAUGAGGUGUUAAAUGAGAGGGAGAGCGAAGAUGCACAGAACAAGGUAACUGAAAGUAGAGGGGAGGAAACUUGCAGUGAGCAUGAAAAAUGUCUACAGAAAGGAAAUUCUGAUGAGAAUGUCUUCUAUGAUAAGUCGUUAGAUGAACUCUCUGGACAUGAGUCCAGUUUGACAGAUGAAGGAAUUGUAACGGAGCCUGAAGCUGGCCCCAGCCGUGGUCCAUCCUCAGGAAAAGACCUCCUGGGUCAGCCACUGACUGUGUGGAGUCAGUCUGCACUGUAUACGGAGGAUCUGCCUGAUCUGGCUAAAGACAAGAUUUUGUCCUCUCCACUACCCAAUGUAAGAACAGAGUAUGAGGCUGUAACUAUUGGCAGUGAGAAUAGCUGCAUCAAAAAUGUAAACCAGAAUCCGCUGGAAGCUCCCUCAACCCCCAGUGCUAUUCGCAGACGAAGAAAGUUUUCCUCUGCAGGCAAUAAUAGUUCAGAUUCCAGCAAUGGAGAGUCGAAUGGGGAGUCUGCCUACCGUUCCCUCAGUGACCCCAUGCCUCACCGCAGACGCUCCGUGGUCGAGGAUGGCAGCAACAGCUUCUCUGUCGACAGCAACCUGCUGGGGUCCCUUACCUCUAAAGUGGGGGGCAGCAGCCGCCAAGAGUCGUCUGCGGCAGACCUGUCGGAGUGCACGGGAAGUGCAGCCAGUGACCUCUCUGGCUGCAGUGACAGCCUGCGGGACUACAGCACAGUAAUAGAGAGUAUUGUGCGUGAGCCAGGAGCCAUGGACAAGGUCAUUGAUGAGAAGGGCAAUGGGAAAGCCGUGAAGAAGAAGAGUUUCAGUGAUCCCAGCAGGCGGGGUGAGCCGACAAUGCUGCUCCCGGACAAUCAGACCCACCCGAGCAAACCCAUCUGUGAACUCGAGCAGCCCAUACCUCCCUCCAGCAGCGAGCCCAUCCUGUCGGAGCAGAGGGAUGAGCUGUGGGAGCUGAACGACAAACAUCAGCGGCCGUCCCGCCCUGGCGGAAGACACCGCACCCAGUCAGAACGCGCCCUGCCCUCCCACCUUGAGCGGAAUGGGGAAGCAACACCUGACGGAGGGCCUCCGAUCUUCCCCUUUGACCCCAAGCUUGCGGAGGUGCUGUCGCCCCGCAUGAGCCGUCGGAGCUCCAGGAAGCGCACCAACAGGACAGCCCAGCAGCAGCUCAACGAGGACACGGAGCAGCUGGAGGAGCAGCCAGAGGAACAGGCCGAAGGCGAGGUGGACGAUAAGCCGCCUGAGGACACCCUGGACCCUGCCUCCUCCCUGCCCCAGCUGCCUCUCCCAAAAGCCAGGCCCAAACAUGUGCGGCAUGCCAGCGAGCCUGCCACCUUCGUGCCCAUCAUCCCUCCAGCUACCCUUCCCUCCCAGAGACGACAGGGAGUCAGCAUCAACGCCCCAGCUCCCAUACGCCCCCCUAAGCAGACUCCAGGGGAUGAGGCACCAUCCCUGGAGGAUGUGACCAAGCAGUAUAUCCUCAACUCGUCUGAGGGGAGCGCAGACACUCCCCCUAUGCCCCCAGUGGGGGCUUCAUCAGGGGUAUCCAGGUCCACUCCUGCCACCCCAACCAGCACCACAGAGCCACCGAGGAAGACCAGUGAGGAGCUGAGCCCUGUACCUCUGAAGGCUAAACCUCGAGUGGACAUGAGAAGACAUGUCGUGAAUACCCUAUUGGACACUGAGCAGUCGUAUGUGGAGUCUCUGAGGACACUAAUACAGGGCUACAUGAGGCCCCUGAAGCAGCCGGAGAACUCUCCCCUGGUGGACCCCUCGCUGGUGGACGAGAUGUUCUACCAGAUCCCCGAGAUCCUGGACCACCACGAGCACUUCCUGGACCGGGUGAUGAGCUGCGUCAACGACUGGCACGACAAGCAGACCGUGGGACACCUCCUCGUCGAGUCGUUUUCCAAAGAGUUCCUGGCCAAUAUUUACUCUGCGUACAUUGACAACUUUCUGAACGCCAAAGAUGCUGUGAGAAUCGCCAAGGAGGCCAAACCUGCAUUUCUCAAGUUUCUGGAGCAAAGCAUGCGUGAGAAUAAAGAGAAGCAGGCCCUCGCUGACCUCAUGAUCAAACCGGUCCAGCGCAUCCCUCGCUAUGAGCUUCUAGUCAAGGACUUAUUGAAACACACCCCAGAGGAGCACCCUGACCACCCGUUCCUGCUGGACGCCCAGAGGAACAUCAAGCGUCUGGCGGAGCGGAUCAACAAGGGCCGCCGCAGCGCUGAGGAGGUGGAGAGGGAGACGCGCGUCAUGCAGGAGAUCGAAGCCCACAUCGAGGGGGUGGAGCAUAUCAUGAACCCUCAGAGGAAGUUCCUGCGUCAGGAGAUGGUGAUGGAGGCGAAAACAGUGGGGGGGAAGAAGGAUCGCUCCCUCUUCCUCUUCAGUGACCUGCUCAUCUGCACCACGCUCAAGAGGAAGUCCGGCUCUCUGCGCCGCAGCUCCAUGAGCCUAUACACAGCUGCCAGCAUUAUCGACACCUCGAGUAAAUACAAGUUCUUGUGGAAGCUGCCACUGGAGGAUAUGGAGAUGGUGAAAGGUUCGAACCAGGCCACCAACAGAGAGAACAUCCAGAAGACCAUCGGCCGUCUGGAUGAGGACUUAAGCACUCUGGGUCAGAUCAGCAAACUAUCAGAAACGCUCAGCUUCCCCCAUCAGAAUCUGGACGACGUGAUAAAGGACCUGAUGGCGUCGGUGCACAGGGAGCUGGCUGAGAAGCAGUCUCUGGCCUUCAGCAUGACCUUCCUGCCCACCAAAGUGGAGCUGACCACUGCGUCGGCCGAGAGCACCUUCAUCUUCGAGUUUAGCAGCCCGGAGGCACGCGGCCACUUUGAGCAGGCCUUCGAGGAUGCCAAGAAGAAGCUGGCCAUGAACAAAGACCAGUGGGACCCUGAGUUCCUGAAAGCCAUCCCCAUCAUGAAGACCCGCAGUGGGAUGCAGUUCUCGUGUGCGUCUCCGAGCCACAGUUGCCCCGAGAACACCUACGAGGUGUGGGUGUGUAACAGCGACGGCUACGUGGGCCAGGUGUGUCUGCUCAACAUCCGCGACGAGCCCACGGUGGAGGCCUGCAUCGCCGUCUGCUCCGCUCGCAUCAUCUGCAUCGCAGCCGUGCCCGGCCUCAAGGGCAGAGAGCGUUUGGAGUGCCACCAAGCAGCUCCGGCUCCAGAGCCCCAGGCAGCCCCCGCCGUCCCCUCUGCCCAGCAGCAGCAGCUGCACAUCUCCAUCUCCGGCUCGUCCCUGGAGCUCAGCGAGCCUCCGGCCGGAGCCAACAGGGAGCUAGUGCCCUUCGACAGUGACGACACGGAUGACGAGGACUCGCCCAGCCCCUCGUCCACCCUGCAGAGCCAGGCCAGCCACUCCACCAUCUCCUCCAGCUUUGGCAAUGACGAGGGUGCAGGCUCCAAGGACAUGGCCACGGAGACCACCAGCUCUGAGGAGGAGCCUGAGUUCCCGGUGUCCAGCUCGUUUGGGCCGCCGCGCAUCAGCAGCGACAGCCCCAUGGACGGCCGUGCCAUGCGUCGUUCCAGCCGCGGCUCCUUCACUCGCGCCAGCCUGGAGGACCUGCUCAGCAUCGACCCAGAGGCCUACCAGAGCUCAGUUUGGCUGGGCACCGAGGACGGCUGCAUCCACGUCUAUCAGUCUUCAGACAACAUCCGCAACCGCAAGAACAGCAUGAAGAUGCAGCACUCGGCGUCCAUUUUGUGCAUCCUGUAUCUUGACAACAAAGUCUUUGUUUCCCUGGCCAACGGUGAGGUGAUCGUGUAUCAAAGGGAAGCAGGAAGUUUCUGGGACCCCCUGAGCUCCCAGACCCUGUGCUUAGGCACUCCCGGUGGCCCUGUGACGAAAAUGGUUCCUGUGGCAGGAAAGCUGUGGUGUGGCUGCCAGAACCGGGUCCUUAUCAUCAACACCAGCACACUGGUCCAGGAGCACUCGUUUCAGGUGGGGCAGGACAGUAGUCGGUGUGUGACCAGUAUGGUGAGCUAUGGCCAGGGCGUGUGGAUGGCCCUGCAGGGCAGUGCCCAGGUGCGCCUCUACCACGCCUGCACCUACGAGAGCCUCACCGAGGUGGACGUGGCGCCCGCCGUUCACAAGAUGCUGGCCGGCUCUGAUGCCAUCAUCCGUCAGCACAAGGCGGCGUGUCUGCGGAUCACGGCCCUGCUGGCCUGUAAAGACCUGCUGUGGAUCGGCACCAGUGCAGGGGUGGUGCUGACCCUGGCCAUCCCCCUGGUCUCCUCCAGCACGGUCUUCAGCUCGCUUCGCGGCCCCCUCCAGCCCAUGGGCUCUGCGCACGGACACACGGGCCAUGUCCGCUUCCUCACCUCCAUAGAGCUGCCCGAGGGCUUCGACGUCAACUUUCCCCAGCAGGCAGACACAGGUAACGCAGCUCAGAGUUUAGAGGGCCUGCAGCGCCGAGACUCGGCCCAACGACGCGCCUCCGCCCUCCUGCCCGUCAAGUCCAACCUACUGGUCAUCAGCGGAGGGGACGGCUACGAGGACUUCCGUCUGACCAACAGCAGCGAGACUGUGGGGAGGGACGACAGCACGAACCACUUGCUGCUCUGGAGGGUGUGAGCAGUCCGGCCCCUCCUUCCAACAGAGCUCCGCCUCCUCCGCAGUGCCAGCCGCUGGACCGCACACUCCCAUUCCCCUGGCCCCGCCCAAACUCCUCUCACUUCCUGUUCCCCGACAUGUCCUCUGCUCCCACAUCUGGUUUCUCUGUGCAUAGAUGUGUCAGAUAUUGAAGGAAAAAAAAGGGUCGCUUCGAACCAGGUUUUCUUUUGUUGUUGCUAUUGUUGUUGUUGUUGUUUGUUUUGCUUCUCCCUCUGUUUUGGUUGUUCCUCAGUGGGUUGGGUUUGUUUUUUUUACCUGUCGUUUUGUUCCUCUUGAUGUACGAAGUGAAUCUUGCUCUGCUCGUGAUGUUCCCCGACCCGCUGGGCUCCGUGUUGUGUUGGACCUCUACAGACUUUCACCCAGGAGCAGGAGGAGGACACUGCACACAUUUACAAGAGGGAGAGGUGGACCGAAAGUAUGUCUUAGGAAAAGUGUGAGUAUCCGAGAGAUUAAGAAAAAGAAAGGAAAGGAAAGUGAAGUCUGUCACAAGACUUGAAGGAGAGCCCUUCUGCCUGGGAUACGCCACUCCUUCUCACAGUGGAGUGAAGAAGCCGACGGUAAAUACUGAGUGCCUGGGCAGACAUGCAUGCAGCGGCACACUGUAGGCAGCGCAGAGUGACAGAUGGAUGAUGGGUAAUUUUGUGGGUUAUUGUGGGUUGUUCGAGAGCCUGAAGACGAGCAUGAUUCAAGCCAUGAAAGAACAUGUGGGUAUUGAGGAGGAGUGGGUCACUCCGCUUGGACAAGGACAAAAAACAGAGGAGGCCGAAAGAGAUGGUCGUUUCACCUCAACUGUCAACAGAGUGGUCAACUACUGGUCAUUUAAGACUGUGAUUUGAGUCUACAGACAUGAAGAUGCUUUUUUUAUUUGAUCUCAAAUUGAAUCUCAAAUGACAGAGGAGCGUGAUUUUAGAAAAAAGACAAAAAGUUAACAUGAAAGAAGUAACCAAUGUGCAAUAUAAGGUGAGGGUACCUGCUUAUGAUAUUACACGACCACACACUCACGUAUACACAUUCACUAUCUGUGAGGGGCACAGCCGGCCUCGCCACAGUCACUCACAGUCACAUCCAACUGUUUUCACAUAAUCACUUUUUCAUUUAUCAUGCUACUCCAACAGGAGAAGAAAAUGAAACGAUUCAAUAGAAUGAAAGCGUAGCUUAUGAGGCGAACAGAACAUUCCUUAUAGAUAUUGUGUCCAUAAUCUUCAUGUACAGUAUUUAUGUUUUUUGAUUUUAGAUUUUUCAUUUUACAGCACUUAAUUUAUAAUUGUGUUUUUUUUCCCUCUUUUUUUGUGCAUCUGAAGUACACCAGCACACGAUGGUGACACGAGUGAGUGACAACAGUGUGUCUCAUGGUUCUGCUAACAAGGAUUGAUGGCUGAUUAUCUCUUGAGAUGUUCAAAAGAAGGUGUAUGUGUGAGACAGAUAGAGACAUAGAGUGUGAGAGAGAGAGAGAUAGAUAGAUACAGAGACAUGGAGAGAGAGACUAUCAACUACUCAUUACAGUCGGUGUCAGAGUUUCAAUGUUGCUCGUGGUAAAAUGAGUAGCUGCUCCAUGUGUGUUGAUUCCUGUACGUGUGUGUGUGUGUGUGUGUGUGUGUGUGUGUGUGUGUGUGUGUGUGUGUGUGUGUGUGUGUGUGUGUGUGUGUGUGUGUGUGUGUGUGUGUGUGUGUGUGUGUGUGUGUGUGUGUGUGUGUGUAAGAGACGACUUAAGAGACACAUUUAUCGUAGGAACAGAUGGUGCCGCGCCCAAACUCUCCAGCUUGGCGCGUGCACGUGAACGUUGGGAAGCAUAUGACUGGGUUAAGAGUUUUAGAUCCUCAUCACUUGGCCUCAAAGCGGCUCCUUUGAUGUCAGCCGUUUCAAGCAGAUUGGCCUGCCAGGUACUGAGCAUAUGAUCGGGUUGGACCUGAGACCGAAUUCUAUGCCGGAUGGUCCUUGGGCUGAUUAGCCAGAGAGACUUGAGACCUUGGGUGGGCAGAUUUGAGACUCUCUGUCUGUCGCCACACUGCACACACAUGCCGACACAUACAUAAACCCAUAUGAGAACCAAUAUCAUCAAGACCAAUGUAUAAUGACCACAUUCAGACUCGGAUCGUAAUGUGUAAGUGGACAGUAUGUUCUAACGUCAGUCCUAAUGGUGUCUACUGCUCUCCAUAGAGGCUCAUGUUAGCAGACAGUGUUGUUAGAGGACAUCGACGUCGAAAAAAAGAAGAUGUAUUCGUGUUGUGAGGAACCACUUUCCAGGCCAACGACGGAGUUGGGAGUGGGUGAAUGUUUCUGCGUGUUCGUCUCUCUGCGCUUUGCUGACAUGUAAUAUUUGAUUAAAGGACCCAAUCUUUGCAAAUAUAAUUAAUCUGACUCCACUCAAUUAAGGAAAUGAUUCAGCAUGUGUGGCUGCUCUGUAAAUGCACUACUAUUACCCGUUAAGUAGGCUGACCUUGGCUGACCUUGGUCAUUUCUGCUGGUUACCUACAACUUGUUAUGACGAAUACCUCCCUUACUCUUUAAUCAUCUGGUUUAUUCUAGGGAUAGUAUCGCUCAGGAUUUUACCAUGGCCGUUUUCUAUUUCCGGCGUGUUCCACGGACACAUCCUGUUACUAGUCUGGUGUUUACGGCACAGAGGCAUGCAGUGCUGCCGUUGCUUCGCUCUCAGCUUGUCUGUCCAAACUGGUGCAGGGGACUGAGUGGCUGGAGGCUGCGCAAGCUCAGUUUGAACAUUCUGUCCAACGCAGAGGCUGAAAGGCAAUCCACCGCUGUAUAAUACAAUGUGACCAUUCUUCAACAGCUUGCCCUACCCAGGUGAUUAGCCAUAUACCUGAAGGCUGACCAUACCUUUGCUUUUUGGUUUAGAAACGAAUCCUAGUCAUAUGUUGCGAUAACACCGUUACCUGUAAUAAUUUCAACAGAGCAGAGGCAAAAGAGGAUCAGAGCAGCGCAAUGCAUUGUCAGGUGCAGGUUACUAAUUCCGUUACACAUUCAAACUAAUCUAAAAGUGAAUAAUCUAAAGUUAGAAGUACCCAGAGAAAGACAUACAAAACAUUCAAAGGGUAUGAACAUACCUGGCUGCUCAGGUGAUGGCUGCACACAAAAAGUGUGGGAGUCUCUGGCUACGGAUUACUCAAAGUGGUUUUUGCUCUCUGCCCUUAAAUACCCCGUUUAGUUACAGAUGUAGGGUAAUUGAUUACCAAAUGGAAUGUCUGUUUGCACUGCUAGGGAUCACCUAAUGAGGAUUCAUGGAUGGGGGACUCUUUAAGUUAUUUACGGAUGGAGGGGGUGCAGCCUGCAGGGCUAAUCUAUUCAUCUGCAGGAGUGAGACCACUGGACCACUCGCACUGAGACCAUUCAGAUGAAACCAAACAAAACAAAGAAAUCAUCUUGCAAAAAUUCAUACAUUAGUUAACACCAUUAGUACCAAUUUCCCUGCCCUUAGGUUAACCCUUGUGUGAUGAUGUUUAGCAAUUGACCCCAGAUUUCUGCAGAUUAAUUGAAAUUAAAAGUCCAUCUGUGUUUUAAGAUCCAAAGGCUAUGGGCCCGAACAGUCACUGUGAACUGUUCAGAAAAUGUCCAGACCUUGGUUAGCCGUUCACAAAGCCAAACCAAUCCACAUUAAUGAAUUGUUUUAGACUAAAAUCAAGAUUCUUUGAGUCUACAACUUGUUGGAUAAAUGUAGUGACGACCCAGACUGGAUUAUUUUAGUGAAUGUAGAAUUCUGAAAUAACACACUGAUAUCCUCUCAACAUGGCAAAAAGAAUUAAAACCAGAUCCAUUCUACAUAUUCUGUUUAAAAUACACUCCUUGAUGUAAGUAGCCUUCUGCCCUUUUGUGAACAAAGUCCUUAAUGUUUGUUGUAAAUAUUGGUAUAUAUUGCCUUCUUUCUGUAAAUAGUGCUCCUACGGUCCUUAAUUGUUGAUAUGAAGCUAAUGGCAUAUUUUUAUAUACUUGUUUAAGUUUUUUCUUUAUUAUUUUGUUUUCCCCUCUGGCACAGCCUUUGUGCCAUUGCCUUUAAGUUAUGACUAUUACAGUAUUUUAAAAAAAGAAGUUGCAAGGCCGGUCAUGUUAAAGUUGUCAUGGUUAUGUCACUAUUCUUCCUGUUAUGGUUCUAUUUUGUCACUGUGGGUUCUUUGUAAUUAAACAUUUCACUGGUGCCAGAUUGAUUGGCUUGGAUUUC